UCGGUAUUUCAUGAACACAACAAUCAAACCGCGAGGUGGCGCUACAACCAUCUACCUUUCGGUGACCUUUACUUGGGAUGUUCCGAACCCAGAAGGGAUUUCUUUCGAUGGCUUUCUCGUCCAAGGGUACCAAGAUUAUGACGUCAUAAUGCAUCCCACCGAUCAAUGCAGUUCAAAUGACUCAGUGUGGUUAAAUAUAACCCAUUGUCCCAAUCGCGGAUCUUCAUUGUGUCCAACUGGAGUGUCUAUGACGUCACAGAGCUGUCCUUGUCCUGUCUUGAAUUGCUCCGCACUGACACCUACCGGAUGCAGGGGGAUCAGUAGUUUGAUCGUUGGUCCGACGAGACGAUACGUCACAAUACCUGCGAGCUCAAGGAAAAUGGAAUUCAUUAUUGAUUUUAUCACUCUAUUUGACCUAACGAUUUUACCCUAUUACAGUAACGUCGCUGGCUUCAACAUAGAGUACAUGUUUGCGAAGAACACUGACUGUAUGACGUCAAUAAUGAAGGAUAAUGACGUCACAGGGGCAGAGGCUAUAGCGCUUUGUUGUGGUAAGAUGCUAAUAUUGUGUUUGUUACGUAUUAACAUAUAUUCUGCUACUUUACAACCAGAUGUUUAAACGACGCAGCC